GCUCACAGCCACAGCCACAGUAGCACACACCAAUUCUGAUCUGCCACCAGCAGCUAGCUAGCUCUCAGCCAUGUCGGCCAGCAACAACAAGCUGCAAUUCACCCCACGUAGCUCGCUAUUUCAGGGCAACGAGAUCAACUUCAGCAUGCUCUACCUGCACCACACGCCGGCUGGUCCAAGACCAGACCAGUCCGGGCUUACAGGCAAUAACAGAGAAACCGGCUUGGGCCCCUUGGUCGUCAACAACUGGCCGGUGUAUGACGGCAUCGGCCGCGACGCCAAGGUCGUUGCCCGUGCACAAGGCCUGCACAUUUACGCCGGGAUCCACACUUGAGGUGAUGGGGAUAGUCGUUGAACGAGGUGAGUGGGCUAUUGUUGGGGGCACGGGACAGUUUGCUAUGGCAAAUGG